AUAAUGUAAACAUAACUGUUUAGUUGCCACGUAAAUAAUAAUUGAGUUGUCACUUUUUUUUUCAUAUAGCGAGUUUAUAUUUUUGUAUCUUCUCGAUAAACAUAAAUGGGAGGAACACAAAGUUUAUCGAUAUCUGGAGGUGGUACAGAAGGAUAUCAUGUUCUCAGAGUACAAGACAACUCUCCAGGGCAAAAUGCUGGCUUAGAAUCAUUUUUCGAUUUUAUUGUAGCAGUAGGAAAAACAAGACUGAGUCAAGACAAUGAUUAUUUAAAAGAAGUUUUGAAAGCCAACGAGGAGAAACCAGUUAUUAUGACUGUUUACAGUAGUAAAACACAGAAUGUCAGAGAUGUAGAAAUAAUACCUUCCAAUAAAUGGGGAGGGCAGGGUUUACUUGGGGUCAGCAUAAGAUUCUGUUCUUUUGAAGGGGCAAAUGAAAAUGUGUGGCAUGUUUUGGAUAUAAAACCACAUUCCCCAGCAGAACUUGCUGGCUUUCAGCCUUUCUUGGAUUACAUAAUUGGUGUUGAUUCAGUUCUUCAUGAGUCGGAAGAUCUGUUUACAUUAAUCGAAGCUCAUGAAGGCAAACCUUUAAAGCUGUAUGUGUAUAGCACAAAUACUGAUACUUGCCGUGAGGUCACCAUAACACCAAAUAAACACUGGGGAGGAGAAGGAAGUUUAGGGUGUGGGAUUGGUUAUGGUUACCUACACAGGAUACCUUUCAGAGAACCAGGGCACACUAAACCUGAAUCUUGUAUUAAUCAGACAGUCAACACUCAGCCUUCACCACCUAUAAGUUCAGUAACAGAUGGUUAUUCAUCGGUACAAUUGACAGCCCCUUCCACUACCCCAAAUGCAAUGAUAGAAGAUGCCAUCCAAAGUAUUUCAGCCUUAAAUGUAAAUACUUCACCUACUCCACAUCCAUGCACAGCUAAGAAUCCAUCCGAUGUUACCACAAGUACACCUACAGUUCCAGUAGUUGGUGGGCUACCAUUGACUACCCCUAUUAACUUGCCAGGGAUGCCUCCCAUCACAGUCUCUGCCACUCUGCCCCAUGAUGCUAUGGUAGAUGUUGUCACUUCCACUACUGAGAAACCAACAGGGUUAGAUCCCCAAGAACUCAGUAAAGCAGUUAUUGGAGGUACUGUUUCUUCUCAAGGAAUGUCUAUUCCACAACAUCUGUAAUUUUUCUUUUAUUCCAACACCUUAUAGUGUUUGAAGCAAACCAAGUCUAGCUAAGAUUGUAUGGUUUAAUGAUCUCUCAUAAUUGUAUGAUGCUACAAAUGUUUUACAUAAAAUACAGCCUUAUACAUAUUUUGACACCAAACAAAAUUAUAAUUUAUGUUACUAAUGUUGGUUUUUCAAUGUACUCAAGAUGAGCUGUGAUGUUGAACUAUCACUGCACUAUUAAAAUAAUAUAUUUCUUAAAAAAUAUAAUGAUGGAUUUGUUAUUUUUUUGAAUUAAUAAAGAAGCAUUUGCAUUGUUACUCAGUCAUCUAAAUAUUAACAAGUCAAGGUGAGAAAGAAACUUAAAAUUAAAUCAUAAUAAGAAAAAACUAGAGUAAGUAAAAAUAGGAAAGAAGCAUUUAAAACCAUGUUAUCUACCUCAGUACUCUAGAUAAUUAUGUCAUAUAAUCUAGUGAAAUGAUGCUAGUUUAGUGAUAAGCAGCUGUUUCUCCACAAUUUCAGUAUCACUGGUGUCACAUACAAUGUUGUUUGUUUUGAAAACAAUAAUCCUAGUACUUUUAUUUAUUCUCUUAUUAGAAUCCAUUAGGGUAAUUUGUUCAGAGAUUGAUCAUGUGUUUCACCUGGUGUGUAAUUCUACACUCAUUCUUAGGAAGAGAUAGAAUCCAAUGGAGAAGUUAAUUUUGAUAGUUCCAAACUUCCAGUUCACUAAGUCUACCAAUUUCAAUCUUAUUAUAACUUGCUUGACUAAGAACUAGUUGCUUUUGGAGAAGUUUCUUGGAAAAAUAAUUUUUAUAAAAGUCUUUAAUUUUCAUAUUUUUAUAUUUUUAAAGGUCGCAGGUU